AUGGGGAGUGGUAUUUCUAAAUCGUCCUUCGACAGAAGGCCUGUAGAAAAUUCGUCAGUGAUGAAGAGCUCUGACGAAUACCAUGAUCCAGAAAAAUCGAUAUAUAAGAAUAUUGGCAAUACGGGAAAUCCGCAACCUUCUGGCGCAGCGAUGAAAAUACAUAUAAAUCCUAAAGCAAGUGAUCAAAGAGAUAAAGAUGAAUUCACUUUCAUCAACAAGAUAAAUGUUAAGGCAAGCACAGAUGAAAAAGACUGUUUCAUUGAAAGCAUGGCUCUAGUGUCAAGUAAUAAACUGGCUAUCGUUGACAAUUACAACAGGACGUUGAAGGUAGUGGAUACGGAUAAUAAAACAAUAAAAAAGGCAAUGAAAUUCCAGUCAUCCCCAUUUGGAAUUACAACAAUAUCUUGUGACCAGGUAGCCGUUACGUUUCCUAAAGAAUGCAAAAUUGAAAUUGUAUCUACAUCUGAAGACAUAUCCUUAGUUGAAACGUUAAAAACUAACGGCAGCUGUUUGGGCAUUUGUUUCAAAAAUGAGAAAUUGUAUGUGUCGUAUUUACCGAUGCCACCUAAUAUUCCCAUUAAGUUCCAAAUUCUGCGGUUGACAGGCGCAGUACAGAAAACAAUUAGGCCUGAUUCUGAAGUGUUGAAAUACAGCACCUAUCCAAGCUGCAUUGCUGUAAGUCCCGAAGAAAAUUCAGUCUUCGUUUCUGACUGGAAAUGCCACAAAGUGUUUUGCAUAGACAUGGAUGGGAAUAUGUUAUCUAUGUAUCAAGAUGAGCUUGAGCAUCCAAGUGAUAUAUUCAUGUCUCUUCUUGGAUCCGUGUACCUCCUCAACAAGGGACAGCACCUUUUGUAUGAGGUCAAGUCAGAUCUGAGCGAAGCUACAGUGUUGCUAGGGAUAGGAGAUGGCUUGGCAUUUCCAAAUGCAAUGUGCUUUAACCUGUACAAGCAACAUCUUUAUAUCAGCGCUGGCUCUGAUUCUGCAAAGCUGAAUAACGAAAUAAAGGUUUACAUCUGGAAAUGA